AUGCUGAGAGACCUUACUGAUGUGGCCUCCCUCUCUUUGCAGGUGGGUAAGGCAGUGGGCAAACUACGGACCUUUAUCAUCGAGCCGUUCCUGCCUCAUGAGCAGAAGGAGGAGGCGUAUGUGUGCAUCUAUUCCCACCGUGCUGGCGAUACCAUUCUCUUCACACAUGAGGGCGGAGUGGACAUAGGAGACGUGGAUGCAAAGGCUCUGAAGCUCGACCUUCAGAUUGAAGACCAGCUCUCGGUGGAGCAGGUCAAGGAGAAGCUUUUGCUUUCCUUUGUGCUCUUGAUAUUCCUGAGUGUCAAGAGUUAUAGCAGUAUUUUAUACCUUGGUAUAAUCACAUUGGUGCUGGAAAAGCAGCUGCCUUCAUCAAAGCCCUGUACGAUCUCUAUGUUGAACUGUGCUUCACAUACCUGGAAAUCAACCCACUAG